AGGUAAAAUUUGAGAUAGAAAUGUUGAAGUGAAGGAGCAGAGUGCAAUAGCCCAUAAUCCAUUGAAAAUUGAAAUGGAUUCAGCGACUACUCCUCUAACAAAAUCAGACUCCGAUGCCCCAUCCCUCCGUGGAUCCAUGCUUUCUCAACUCUAUGGCUUCCUCGCCUCCAUCUCCGCUUUCGUUGCCGUAGGCAUUUUCGCUAUAAGGGCAUAUGUUCCUGACUAUUGGUUGCUGUAUAUAGGAAUUGAUUACUACCCUAGCAGGUAUUGGGAGCUAGGCGUGCCAACAUAUGUAAUGGUGAUGAUUGUUGUAGCGAUUGUAUCGUAUACAAGCCUCAACUUUUUGGCUACUCCUCCUCCUCCUACCUCCAUGAAGUUGAUUUUUGAUGACUACAGUGAGGAUAUAUUGACAGGCCUCCCUAUAACGGAUGAUGGCGAGCCAGCCAUUGAGCCUUCAUCUUACAUGAGCAUCGACCAAGUUAGUCAAAUGUUUGAUGACCUAAACUCAUGACCCUACCCUGCAAGGAUGACCUACAAUUUUCUUUUCGUGAGUUUGGCGUUUGUUAAACUAAGUAGUAUCUGAUUAUGUAACUUCAAAAUUUGUAUCAGGCAAUCUUCACAAAAGAAAAAGGAACAAAAUGUUUCCUGCA